AUGGCGACAGCGGUCGCCCCGACGCCUUCCAAGGGCCUGCAGCGCCGCUUCAAGGGCUGCUCCAAGAUCGGCGAGUACGAGCUGCUCAAGAAGCUGGGUGAGGGUACUUUUGGAGAAGUUCACCAGGCGCGACACGUCCGCUCAGGGCGCAUUUUCGCCAUGAAGAAGAUCCUCACCCACAACGAGAAGGACGGCUUCCCUAUCACAGCCUUGCGCGAAAUCAAGCUGCUGAAGAUGCUCUCUCACGAGAACGUCCUGAAGUUGGAGGAGAUGUCUGUCGAGCGCCCAAAGGCAGAAGGCAGGAAGCGCGCCAUCCUCUACAUGGUUAUGCCGUACAUGGACCACGAUCUAUCCGGACUGCUCGAUAACCCCGACGUACACUUCUCUGCGCCCCAGGUCAAGUGCUACAUGCUGCAAUUAUUCAAGGGCCUUCGCUAUCUACACGACAACCACAUCCUCCAUCGAGACAUGAAAGCCGCCAACCUGCUCAUUAACAAUCGGGGACGACUUCAAAUUGCAGACUUUGGUCUUGCGCGACAUUACGACGAGCCUGUGCCACAACGAGGGAAGGGCAACGGCGAGGCUCGACGAGAUUACACAACACUGGUUGUCACGAGAUGGUACCGGCCGCCUGAGCUGCUACUUCAACUGCGACGAUACACACCGGCUAUUGAUAUGUGGGGUGCCGGCUGCGUCUUUGGCGAAAUGUUCAAGCGCAAGCCUAUCCUCGCAGGUCAGAGCGAUCUGCACCAGGCGCAAAUCAUCUUCGAGCUGGUAGGCUCGCCGAAUGAUCGCAGUAUGCCUGGAUGGAACCAGCUGCCCGGCGCGGAACCAGUGCGAGCUUUCGCAUCUGGCACAGGCCAGCUCUCACAACGUUUCCGCGAGCUCAGCCCGCAAGGACUGGAUCUCCUUAGCAAGCUACUGAUGCUCGACUGGCGGAAGCGCAUCAAUGCCAUCGAUGCUAUCGAUCACCCUUAUUUCAAGGAGGAACCGCGACCGAUGCGCGAGGAAGAUAUACCCACCUUUGCCGACUCACAUGAGCUUGACAGGCGCAAUGCCCGGGGCCAGAAACAACACCUACCGCCGGCACCGGCAGGAGACGUUACGGUCCACCCGACAGAGGACCGCCUGGGGUUGAUCGACCACGAGGAAACCACGACCGUAGGGCACCACCCCCGCCAGGACAUGGAGAGCGCAGACCGCAUUGGGGCGGUAAUGGAGCAAACCUCCCUGUGCCUCCUGCGCAUCCGCCCCGCUAUGGUCAAGGUGGUGACCGUGGGCACCGCGACCGCGACCGGGACCGGGACCGGGGCGCUCCGCCCGGAGAUACUUAUAUUCCUACAUACGAUGGAUCGCGACCCAGAGAGGAACGUCGAUCCCGAGAACCUGACGACAGGCCGAGAGACGGUCGGCGUGGAUCCCGAGAUUCUGGUCACUCGCGAGAUGGCUUUACCGAUGAACGUUCGGACCGUGGCAGGGGUUACCGAGACCGGGACCGAGCAGGAGAUUCGCGCAACUUUGGACGAGACCGGCGCGAUGGUAGGACACGUUCACGAAGUCCAGAUCGAAGAGACAGGGCACGCGAGCGAGACCGAGACAUUUACAGGCGAUAGAGUCCGGAUAGCUCACACGGAAGAGAAGCACCUUCCCGGUGGCUGGGUGGUACUGAAGUUCGGGGGUACAUCUGUCGGCAAAUUCGCGGAGAACAUAGCGGCCAUUGUAAGGAACGGUCUGAGCACCAACCGCGCCGCCAUUGUCUGCUCCGCGCGCAGCGGCACCACCAAGCUCGAAGGCACCACCAACAGGCUCCUUCGCUGUGCAAGGGCCGCCGAGAGAGCCGGCUCGCGUGCCUACGACGAUGUCGUUGAAGCCCUCCGUGUUGACCAUAUUCAGGCCGCAAAAGACACGCUAAAAGAUGCUGGAAUUUUGGCAAAGUUCGAAGAGGAGGUCAACGCCGAAUGCGAAGGAUUGGUCAAGAUCCUGGAAUCGGCGCAGCAUCUAGAGGAAGUGACAAGCCGUGCCGAAGACAAGAUCGUGAGUAAAGGCGAGAAGCUAAGCUGUCGCUACAUGGCUGCUCUGCUGAACGACCGCGGUACACCUGCGCAAUACGUUGAUGUGUCGGAGGUAUUCAAGAGUCCUUCGCAUGCGAAGGGAGGCAUGAGCGAAACCUUUUACACGAACCUCGCCGAAGCGCUGGGUAAGGAAGUAGAGGCUUGCGGCGACAAGGUCCCGGUGAUUACGGGCUUCUUCGGAAAUGUAGCUGGAGGAAUCUUGAGCGCUGUCGGACGCGGUUAUACCGAUCUGUGUGCUGCUUUGGUUGCUGUCGGUAUCAAGGCAGACGAACUGCAGAUUUGGAAAGAGGUGGAUGGCAUCUUCACGGCCGAUCCGCGAAAGGUCCCUACGGCCCGUCUCCUCCCGUCCGUUACGCCCUCCGAAGCCGCCGAACUGACGUUCUACGGUUCCGAAGUCAUUCACCCGUUCACCAUGGAACAGGUUAUCCGCGCCCGCAUCCCCAUCCGCAUCAAGAAUGUCAUGAACCCACGCGGGAACGGCACCAUCAUUUUCCCCGACCGCUUCGAAGACGAGCCCGGAUCGCCUACCAAGCAAACAGGCCUCUUCCGCACCCGCUCAUCCAGCCUCCUCUCAGCCUUACAGCGCCCGAAGCGCCCGACGGCCGUGACCAUCAAACACAACGUUAUCGUGCUUAAUGUGCAUAGUAACAAGCGCACGCGUGCCCACGGUUUUCUCAUGAACAUCUUCAGCAUCCUAGAUCGCUGGCAUCUAUCGGUUGACUUGAUCUCCUCGUCUGAAGUGCACGUCUCCAUGGCCUUGCACUCGGAAUCUGCAUUGCUUAGCGGCGGCGGAGAAGACGAGUACAAGAUCAAGAACAAGGAUUUGCACGGCGCAAUCGGCGAGCUCGGCGCUCUAGGCGCCAUCGACAUUGUGCCCGAUAUGGCUAUCGUCAGCUUGGUCGGCAAGCAGCUCAAGAACAUGAUUGGCAUUUCUGGCCGUUUCUUCAGUGUCUUGGGUGACAACAACAUCAACAUCGAAAUGAUCUCGCAGGGUGCCAGCGAGAUCAACAUUUCUUGCGUCAUAGAGGAGCGCGAGGCCGACCGUGCCCUCAACGUUGUGCACACGAAUCUUUUCACAUUUCUCGAGUAG